AUGUCGGGCAAGAUCACCCACUUCAGCGUCCAUGACAUCCGCUUCCCUACCAACAUCACGGGCGAUGGCACGGACGCGAUGAACAAGGAGUGCGACUACUCGGCCGCCUACAUCAUCGUGCACACUGACGCCGGGCUCGAGGGACGCGGCAUGACCUUCACCAUCGGCCGCGGAAACGAGAUUGUCUGCUUCGCCAUCAACGAGAUCGCUAAGCGCAUCGUCGGCAAGGACGCCGACGAGAUCUUUGCCGACAUGGGCGCGUUCUGGAACUUUUUGGUCGCCGACCCGCAGCACCGCUGGCUCGGCCCCGAGAAGGGCGUGAUCCACCUCGCGACGGCCGCCGUGUCCAACGCGCUGUGGGACAUGUUCGCCAAGGCGCGUGGCAAGCCGCUCUGGAAGCUGAUUGUGGACUUUACCCCCGAGGAGUUCGUCAAGGCGACUGCGUUCCGGUACAUCACGGACGCGAUCACGCCUGAGGAGGCGCUCGCCCUCCUCAAGGAGAAGGAGGCCACCAAGGCGGCGCGCGAGGCCAACGUCAUCGAGAAGGGAUACCCCGCAUACACUACCUCUGUCGGCUGGCUGGGCUACGACGACGCCAAGGUCGAGCGUCUGACCAAGGAGGCGCUCGCGCAGGGCUUCAACCACUUCAAGCUCAAGGUGGGCGCCGACCCGGCCGACGACCUGCGCCGCGGGCUGCUCAUCCGCUCCAUCAUCGACAACCCGGCCAACAUCCCCGCUGGGCGUACGGUCGACCCCGCGUCGAUCGAGGGCAAGAACGCCGGCCCGACCGGCUGCGUGCUCAUGGUCGACGCCAACCAGGUGUGGGACGUGCCCCAGGCGAUCGAGUACAUGGGCAAGCUGGAGCCGCUCAAGCCGUGGUUUAUCGAGGAGCCCACGGCGCCCGACGACGCGGUGGGCCACGCGGCGAUCCGCAAGGCGCUCAAGCCGCUCAACAUCGGCGUCGCGACAGGCGAGCACGCGCACAACCGCAUGACGUUCAAGCAGCUCCUCCAGCUCGACGCGAUCGACGUGUGCCAGAUCGACUCGUGCCGCGUCGGCGGCGUCAACGAGAUCCUCGGCAUCCUGCUCAUGAGCGCAAAGUACGGCGUGCCCGUGUGCCCGCACGCCGGCGGCGUGGGACUGUGUGCGAUGGUCAUUCACCUCAUUCUGAUCGACUACAUCGCCGUCUCGGGCAGCAUGGAGCGCAAUGUUCUCGAGUGGAUCGACCACCUCCACGAGAACUUCAAGUACCCCCCAAGCGUCAACGCGCAGGGACGGUACAAUGUCCCCCUCGAGGCGCAGUGUGGAUACUCGGUCGACUUCUUGGACGAGGCCAUCGCAGAGUUCACGUUCCCAGAGGGAACCUACUGGACGACGCGCGCCGCCGCCGAGGCCAAGGCCGCCAAGCUCAACGGUGCCAACGGCGCUACCGCCAACGGCCACGCAAACGGCAACGGAGUGGCCGUCAACGGACACGCGAACGGCCACGCCAACGGCCACUAA